AUGCCGAAAGCCGAACCAGUAUUGUCGUUUUCAACGAAAAUGGCGGCAAUAAACGUUCAUAGCACUAGUUGUACUACAGAUAAUCUUAGUAGACAUGACAUGCUGAAAUGGAUCAACGAGAGUCUGCAGCUUAAGUACACCAAAAUUGAACAACUAUGUUCCGGUUAGUAAUCGAGAACAUUUGCGGCAGUUUCGUCGACAGAACUUCCAUGUUUUCACGCCUUCGAUCGAACGAGGGGCUGAUGUUCGGGGUUAUCAGUCCUUUCUCGUUGUUUCGUUAUCGCGUCAUACUUGGCUCUCACUAACUUGUGUUUUCUUAAUAGGUGCUGCAUAUUGCCAGUUUAUGGAUAUGUUGUUCAUGGGUGAGUACAUUAUGAAGAUUACGUAUGAAAUUCGAGUCCUUUAACAAACGCCUCUUUAAACUUUGUACAUGUGAAGUUAAUAUCAUGAAAUAUACAUAACUCCCUUCAGUGAUGUUCGAUUUUAAACUCACAUCAAUCGGUAUUUUAAUUGAAUGUAUUUUAGAUUGUGUAAAUAUGGCAAAGGUGAAGUUUGCAUCAAAUCAAGAACACGAAUUCAUAAAUAACUGGAAGAUAUUGCAAAAGGCGUUUAAGAAUGCUGGAGUUGAUAAGGUAAAGUUUAUACUUCCUUUUUUCUUUUUUUGAAUUCUUUAUUACAGCAUGAUGUUAAUUUAUUUCACGCUUAUUUUCGACAUGUAUCUCGUGCUGUAGAGUAUGUAAACAGAAUCAUGAAUUAAUCUAAAAGUAAAACGAAAGGUGCUGUAAAUUGUGCUAUUGGCGUGCCGGUGUCGAAAUUUUUGUGGUGACAUCAUCAUACUAAUUAUUUUUUUUUUGUAAAUGUCUCCAUCAACAAUGAAAUCUUUGAAAAGGUAAGGGAGUAUCAAGGUGUUUCAUGAUAUGCAAAGUUUUAUUUUCUAGAAAGAUCAUUUACUUUUGAUUCUGGAUCAUGUGACCUAGCAAUAGUUUGAGAAUGUUUGUGAACGGUAGUGCUCUCUUUAACUGAAUGCCGCACUUGUAAAACCAGCUAAGAAGAAAGAGGCCAGUGUGAAUCAGCAAGAUAUUUAGCUUUGAUUUUAUAUGUUAUUGGUUAAGACAGAAGACUGAGUUUUAAGACCAGUCAAUGAACACAGAAAAUCAAAACCCAAAAUAAUCCUGAAUUACUUUGGAACUGAGUUUGAAUGACUCACACUUUUUAAUUUUUGGUCUCUAAAUUUUUUUAAUUGAGUGAGAAUUACUACUUCCUAACUAAUGAUUAUAAAAAAAUUUAUUUUCAUUGGGGCUAAAAAUGCACGAACAAUUAUUUUUCACCAGUAAGUGCUUGUCAGGUGCCAUUAUUAUUACUAUUAUUAUCAUUAUUAUUAUCAUUAUUAUUAUUAUUGCUAUUAUCAUCUUUUUUCCUUUAAUGAAGAUCAGGAUUUCAAGGCAUUGAAACAAAGAUAAUAUAUUUUUAUAUAUUCAUAUCAUAUUUUUUAGCAAUGCAGUAUGUAGAUUGGAGUUGGAUUUUAAUAGGCAAAAUCAAUUGGCUUACCAGUAAUAUUUAUAAAUUAAAUAAAUAGGAACAUCAUUAACAAAUAUAAAAGCCAAAUGGAUGUUGACUUGAAAGGCACAUCAUAUGAUUGCAAAUAAUGCAAACUGUGAAAUCUCAACAUGUUUUCUCAGCAGUUGAGGUUCAAUUGAAAUACUAAACCACUUUGACUGUGGUUUUUCUUUUAUUUCCUUAUUCAGACGAUCCCAAUUGAAAAGUUAGUCAAAGGGAAGUUUCAAGAUAACUUUGAGUUUGUUCAGUGGUUCAAGAGGUUUUUUGAUGCAAACUAUAUCGGGCCUGAUCCUGAUUAUGAUCCUGUAGAAGCACGACAUGGAAAAACAGAUACUCCACAGAUUGCUCAGCCACGAAAAGGGUCAGGACAGCUUACCAGACCUGUGCAACCCCCAGGUGAGGAAAAUUCUUUUUCCAUUCAGGUAGACCUACUGAGUAUGCAAUGUUACCAAUUUCAUACACCUUGCAUUUUUCCACUCAAUUACCUCAGCCUCAAGAUUGUGACUUUUAAGUCUUUAUAAUGUAUUGUCUUGGUUGUGAUUCUUGUGUCACUCAUUAGAACCAAACCUUACUGAGAGUAAAAUCUCUUUUUUUCAUUCUUAAUCUCUAAACAGCCAAAAAUCCAGCACUCUCAAAAGGAAAUUUUAGUAAACCUACAGCAGGUGGUCCAGCCAGAAAUGGUGGAGCUUCUAGAGGUGGUGCAUCGGGACUUGGACGUCCAGUAGCACAAAGUUCGCGCACUGUAGGAGGGGCAGCACAGGGACCCCGUACUGGAGGAGCAGCUGGAGGGUCAUCUGCUGCAAUUGCACAGAAAGAUGCUCAAAUACAGGAACUUAAUAAUGAGGUUUGAUUUUGAUGUUUGGUAAAUGAAUGAAAAUCAUGGAUGAAAAUUGUUACCAAUAAUUGAUACAAGCUCCUUAAUGAAUAUGAGAAUGAAUUAGUUACUAUUCGAAACUUAAGCCCAUCAUCUAGCACUAUGUUUGGCAGAAGCAUCCCUUUUGCUGGAUUUUAAAACUAUGUUGGUUAAUACCAACAAUUGUCAAUCAAAAGCAGUCAAGUUAUUCUUUGAUUGUUUAGUUGAGUCUGCUCUUUUAGAUAUGCUCUCAUGUUGAUUGGUAAACUGAGCAACCAUCUAAUGGAAAUCAGUUAACCCAGUAUGGACAUAUUUAUUUUUGCUCAGUUAGAUGAGAAGGAUCAAACUGUGGGUGUUUGUUGUAAAUUCACAAGUCAGGAAGUGUCUAACAUGUGUUCUUGUGCUUGGUCUCCAGCUCACUGCACUGCAACUGACAGUGGAAGGAUUAGAAAAAGAAAGAGAUUUCUACUUUGGCAAGUUACGAGAUAUUGAAGUCAAAUGCCAGGAAGAAGAUCCAGGUGCUAAUGUUGUCCAGAAGGUCUUGGAAAUUCUUUAUGCAACUGAGGUAGGUGCAGCAUUUUGGCCUCACAAACCCCUAAGCAAGAUAAUGGAACUUACAAAUUGGAUCUAAAUCAAAUGGAAUCUACAAGGCACAUUUCAAUAGAUUUUCUGUAAUCAGGAAUUCUGUUCUCUCACAUACCUUGCAAGUUACAUUUCAUCUUAACUCAUUCUUGUUAUGGAAGGUAUUGUUGCAUUUGAGUGGAUACAUUCUCAAACAGAAGGGAACAAGUUAAUGUUACUAAUCUUAACCUGUUUCAUGCAUUUAUUUGUAAACACAGCAUGAUAAUGGGAGCAAAGAAGAAAUUUGUAAGCAGUGAAAUUACAUUAAGGAAGGGAUGCUUAUGGCUGUAGAUUUCACCCAUACCCUGCUCCUUCUGUCACUCUGCCACAAGUAGCACUGUGUUCAUGAACUAAACACUUAGAAAUGGGCAAACUACUCUUCAGAAACAGAUUCAAUGGACAGCUUGCUUCAUGAACACAAUCACUGUCAAAGCCAAAAUAUCAUAUUUCUGAAUUUGACCCCUAAGAGGUUUCUGUCAAAUCAAGGAACUUUUCUUCACUUAAUGUCCAUCUGUGAAAAUUGUUCAAGGAACUAGUUGUAAUGCAUGACUUGAUAUAUGUUGGAUUCCAAUUACUGAGGGAACUAUGAAUUGUUGUUAUUUGUAGGAGGGUUUCGCUGCACCAGAGGAAGGUGGUAACAAUGAAGAAUAUGAAUAUAAUGAUGAACAAGAAGAGUACUAGACAGAAGAGACGUAUGCAGGAUCAGUUGUCAUCAGCAGACUUGCCAUCAACCAUAUUUUUUAAAAAUUAAAACUGUUUCUUGUGAUAACAUGCUAGGAGAUAAAGGGAACUUCUUCUGUUAUCUAAACUGAGAGUACUGAUCUCAAGUUUGCACCACUGGCUAUUUUGUAUUAUAAUAAUUAUUAUCAAAGAUUUUUCCAUGUAAACUGAAGGCUAGCUAAAAUGUAGGUGUGCUGAAACCCAGUUUCUGUGAUAGAGAGGUAAUGAAGGUUUUCUCUUCUUUUGACGUGUGAAAACAACUUGUUUAGUGAAAGAUGUCGCAGCUUUGUGCUCUAAAAGAUUUUUUAAGUUUUACUUCCUGCCAAAGACAUCAGGUGAUUCCUAAGCUACCAAGGAUAACUUUUCCCUGCUUAACCCUUUCACACUUGGAGAGACCAAAUAUAUGUUUCUCCUUACAAUAUUCAUAAAUUUCCAAGCAGAAAGGUGAUGAGAAAUUUUAAAAAAUCAACAACAGUACAUUGUAUGAUUGAACAAAAAGUUCUCUGAACUACACUUAUCAGAAAUGUCUGAAAGAGUGCAGACAAUUGAUAUUAAGAACCUGGGAGUGAAAAGAUUAAGCAGUUGAGGGGAAAACAAAAAUAAAAGAACUGUCUCCUAAAUGAUAGGCAAUUGGUGUUGAAAUUGUUAGGAACUUAAUGAAAACAAACUUGGAAUUAAAGAAUGUGCUACAUAUACUUCACUCAGAUUUGUGUUUGGUUAAAGUUAAUCCUUCUUGGUGAUCUUCAUAUUCAACCUCCUUGCAUUAAAAUGUCUUCUGCAGAAAAUUAUAGAGUGGUAAAUGGUCUGCUG